AUGUUUCGUAGAAAUAUCCCAUUCACACAAAUGGCCUUUGCUGCAUUACUUGGAGUGGCUGGUGGUUUCUAUAUCUACAGACCUCUUUUUCAUGAAACUGGGCAAAAAACAACAACGCAGCCGAACCAAGAUGUGAUACUGAAAGAGGAUUCAAGUGCUGGAAAAAAAUCCUCCAGCUAA